AUGAAUAAUUUUGAAGAAGGACCAGCAAAACUAAAACUUGGUAGUAUUAUUGGUAGAUUUGUACUAACUUCAAAAAUUGGUGAAGGUGCAUGUGGAGCUGUUUAUGGUUGUAAAGAAAUUGGUACUGGAAAACAAGCUGCUUUAAAAGCCGAAUUAUUAAGUGAUUAUGGAAAUGGAUUAAAAUUAGAAGUGCAAAUACUUAAAAGGCUUCAUGGUAAAGCACAUGUAGCUCAGGUAUUUUCAUGUGGAAAAAAUAAUAUAUAUUGUUAUAUGGUUAUAACAUUAUUAGGUAAAUCUUUAAGUCAAUAUAUGCAUCAAUAUAAACUUAAUUUUACAUUGUCAACAAUUAUUAGAGUUGCCAUUCAAACAUUAUUUGCAUUAAAACAAAUUCAUGAAAUUGGUAUUGUUCAUAGAGAUAUGAAACCAGCCAAUAUGGCUGUUGGAAGAAAUGGAAUACAUAAAAAAAUAAUUCAUGUCAUUGAUUUUGGAUUAUCAAGAGAUUUCACAAUUACUGAUGAAGAUGGAAAACUUAGAAUUCGAAGACCAAGAAAAAGAUGCCUUUUUAGAGGAACAGUAAAAUAUUGUAGCAUUAGAUCUUUAGAAAAAAAAGAACAAGGUAGAGGUGAUGAUCUUGUAUCAUUAUUUUAUAUUUGUAGUGAAUUUUAUCAACGAUUACCAUGGUCAAAAGCUCCUGAUAAAGAAACGGUUUUAAAUAUUAAAAAAAAGUUACCAGAUGAUGAAUUGUUUCCUAAUUGUACCGAAUUAGCACAACUUUUAAAAUAUGCGAAAAGUUUAAAUUAUGAAGAUAGACCAGACUAUUUGUUUAUGUUUACAAAACUAAGAGAUGCAAUGAAACGAGGUAACUACACAUAUUCUGAUCCCUAUGAUUGGGAAAUCUUUGAAAAAAAUCUUCUACAAAAACGAGUAGAAAGCCAAAAAAUAACUGCCCUAUCAGAAACACAAAGAAUAGAUGAUGUUUCAUUUAAUGGUGAUAAUAAAACAAAAAUGUUAUCUAUUAAUAAAUAUUUCGAGAAUCAUUUAUCACAAGAUAAAUUUGAAACAAAUGAAAUUGGAUUUUAA